CACCGCAGUAGGAAAGAGGAGCGUCUUAUAAAGGAGACCGCCGAACGGUAGCAGUUAUGCAUCCACCUCCAGCCGCAAUGAUGAAGAGUUUGGUGGUCGCCCUGCUGUUGGCUGUUUCAGGAUCCGUGGCGCAGUAUCCGCGGUACGAAGAGGUUGUGCGUAACCCCAAGGACCCCGACCUACUCUACGGCUCCAAGUCAGGACCUCACAACGAGACAUGGUACUUCAAGAAUUCUGGAUUCAACCUGACGUCCAUCGUCAUUCCGUCGCAAGUCAACGUCUGCAGCCCAGGCACAACGACCAAUGUAACGUACGAGGAAGCGAUUGAUCUUUUCUUGUACGAGACGGAUCUCGACAGCACUGCGUCCAAGGUGCGGACGUACUUGAAAGCGUCCGGCUCCUUCAGUGGCAUUGUCAGCUACGGGCAGGAGUUGGACAUCCCGCUAUGGAAUGCAACGAUCAACGGCGCACCGCUUAUCCACGCUUACCUCUCCGACGUCGUCGGUUUCACGUACACUCUCAAAAUCGUGUUCAAGACGUCCGGCAUCUACCCGUGGUACACAACAAGGAUCCUCUCCACCUUUUCCCCCAUCCAUACAUUGACGAACGGAGUUGGAAUUGCUAUCGGACUGUCGUACAUUAUUCCUUAAGAGUUUAUGCCACAUCAGCCCACCACCGUUGUUAGAAAGGAGACUCUUCUCUCGUGCUGGCUUAUAGAUUUCGUCUUUUGUGCUGUUGCUGUGGUUCAUGCUUCAGACAAUAUGGCAGAUGACUAGCUGCUCAUAGAAAACGGCCGUAAAAAGUUUGCUGUCUAGGUUUGCAUCUCAGCUAAAAUUUAUCAGAAAUAUUUGCUAAGACAAGGACACUAAGAUGCGGACACAAAAAAGCAAACAUUUUUCGACCGUUUUCUGUGAGCAGUGAGUCAGCUGACCGUAUAGUUUCAAGUGAGAACCUCAAAGUGAAUUCAUUUUGAAUAUGAAGCUAUGUUGUUAGAUUCAUCGCUAGUUAUAUUACGUAUUGCACUAAAAAUUUGUUUCGCAAAAUUCUAAUUUUAUGGUAGAAGAUUCAUAUCGACAGCAAGUUGCUCCGAUGUGAAGAAAAGUACACAACCAGUUGCAACAAAGGUGUUCGCUGUAUAUGAUAGUACAUAGACUUCACUAUACUUCUACAAUGCAGCCUAAACAACAACAAACUACCCGUGAAAGCUGCUGUCAUUGCUGAGAUAUUUGCGGCAGGUUGGAGCCAUAUUCAGUACACCGUCGUCACAAAAAUUUGCCUGUUUUAAGUACAAGCAGAGUGUGACAACUGUUUAUUUACAAUGGCUUUAGACUUACGUCAAACCUUCCAUCUAAUUAAAUCUGUAGUGGGUGGUAAAAUAAUAGGAAAAUUCAUAUAAAAAUUACGACUGAAGCGAAUAAUCUGUAAUCGGUACUUCGCAACAUGUUGAGGUAAACUGUGAUACGCAAUCUUCAGAAAGGAUUUAGACGAUAUUUACAACCGAGGUGCUGAACGGAAGUUCUCUUUAUGUUUCUACUAAUGCUAGGUAGCCGUAAACAAGUAAAAAUUCGAUAGCAUACCGACUUUGGAAUGAUCUGUAUGGCAAUAUCAGAUAAAUUAAUUACAGCUACAGCUUCAAAAGACAGCUAAUGACCUAACCAUUAAAACUAAGUACCCUCCUUUCCCAAAGUUCCUAGCUGGGGCAGCCUACCUGAAUUUCCUGUUCUUGGAGCUCAUUACGUCCUGCUGUUUCAGUUUUGUAUUCUUACUGAUGGUUGCUGUUCUACAUUCUCUUCUAACCACUAAUAUUAUUACUUCUUUUUUUUACUGUUGGUAGUAGUAUUGGUAUAAAUUUUAUUAAUUUCAAGACUGUACAGAGAACUCAAAAUGGCCUUAGAUUCACGGAGAACCAUCCUUCCACCUCUGUGAUUACCGUUAUUAUUAAUAAUAUUAUUAUUUAUAAUAUUUUAAUUAUUAUCAUCAUUGAACUAUCAAAAAUGUACUAUAUGUGAAAUCCUGGUCUGAUAAAUAGAAAAAUGUUACGA